GAGGCUGCCUUGGGCCCCAGCCCCAAGCUGUGCUCCUGGGAAGAGCCAUGACAGCAGCCAAGAGCCUCCAAGAGUCACUCUUGCAGUUUCUCACUUGUUCUGGUUCCCUUAUCGCCCCAGCACACCCUUCCCCUUUGAGAUUUCUGCUCUUGCCUCCUGCCCUGCAGCAGGAAGGAGCUGUGAAGGCUGAAGCUGCAGCGAGGGGCUGGCUGGAAGCACCAGAGGGUCUGUGCAAGGUGAUGCAAGAGCUCUGUCUUUGUCACCUCUGCAGGGAACCUCGACCCACAGCCUUCAAGCUGAGGAUUAAACAGAGGGAGAAGGGGAAGGAGCCAUGUUCCAGGCCACGGGAGCAGCCAGCCCAGCCCCAGCCCAUGAGGCCAAAAGCAGCUCAGGAGGCAGCACAGUGCAGCGCUCCAAGUCCUUCAGCCUGAAGGCGCAGGUGAAGGAGAUGUGCACUGCCUGCCAGAAAACCGUGUACCCCAUGGAGCGCCUGGUGGCCGACAAAUUCGUCUUCCACAACUCCUGCUUCUGCUGCAAGCACUGCCACACCAAGCUCAGCCUGGGCAGCUACGCCGCGCUCCACGGGGAGUUCUACUGCAAGCCCCACUUCCAGCAGCUCUUCAAGAGUAAAGGCAACUACGACGAAGGCUUCGGGCGCAGGCAGCACAAGGAGCUGUGGGUGCACAAGGAGGUGGAGAGCGGCACCAAGUCGGCGUGAGCGGGGCCAGCCCCGCCCCGGAGCCCCGCGGAGCCGGGGCAGCUGAGCCGGGAGAACUGAGCUGAUGUAGAGCAGGACCUGGGCCCGGGCAGAGGGGGAGCCCCUCUCUGGGGGUGCU